AUGGAGCGGCGAGCCAUUCCCCAGGGCAUUCCCUGCAGCUCCCUGCUCCUGCUGCUCUGCAGCCUGAAGGCUUCCCUUGCCUUUCCCAACUCCUCUCCACUGCUGAGUCCCAGCUGGGGCAAUGGAGACCACCUGAUGCACCUCUACACCGACACAGAGAGGAGCAGCUUCCACCUCCAAAUCAACGCUGAUGGCUACAUCGAUGGCGCUCCUCACCAAACCAUCUACAGUGCCCUAAUGAUCAAGUCUGAGGGUGCUGGCUCAGUAAUAAUCACAGGUGUGAAGAGUGGACGCUACCUGUGUAUGGACAUGAAAGGAAACAUAUUUGGCUCGCAUUACUUCAGCCAAGAAGAUUGUGUAUUCAACCACAGGACACUGGAAAAUGGGUACGAUGUGUACCAAUCCCCCAAACACCACUUCUUGGUGAGCUUAGGGAGAGUUAAACAAGCCUUCUCCCCGGGUAUGAAUCCACCACCAUACUCCCAGUUUUUGUCCAGGAGGAAUGAGAUCCCUCUGUUCCGAUUCAACACCCCCGAGCCCCACAGACACACCAGGAGCGCAGACGUUGAUCCGGUAGAUCCUCACCAGAUCCUGGUGCCGCAGAGGAAGACCCCGGUGUUUGGCUCCCUGCAGCAGCAGCCAGCAGACUUUCCCCACAUGCCCAGGGAGCCCAUGAGGAUCAAUCAGAACGAUGUGGUGAACCCCGAUGAUCCCCACGCUAUGAUGGAGGCCAGGAGGUACCCAAGCCCCCGUUUCUAUAUCACAAGAUAACCGCAGCUCCUGCGCUCGCCAGGUGAAGAUGGACAAAAGAAGCUGUCUGUCACACCCAGCCUGAAUGCCAAAGUGGCUCUUAAAAACCUAGGACACAUUGGGAAAAGUUCCUUAGCUUCAAAUCUUGUUUUGUCAGUAAACUGCCAUCUGAAAGUACAAGCUGGAUUUUUCCAGCUUGGGCUCUACUGGAAAGAAGAUCCGUAUUUUGAAAAGCGUAACACAAACCAAAACCUUUUGGGGUCUGAAUCACCUUAAGUUUGCAUCAAUGAAGAAAACAAACAAAAAAGAGAAAUCUAUUUUAUGAAAUGGGAAACUGAUGUUAUGAAACUGAUGUAGAGACCUGGAACAUCCAAGAUUUCUGCAGAGACAGGGAAUCCUCUUACUAGCACCAUCCUGUCCAAGCACAGCAGACAAACUGCCAGGUGGUGUGUUAUUUUAUUAUACAAAAAUUACCAAUAUAUGUCAUGUAUCCAAUAUCUGAAGGGGCUACAAAGGAGCUGGAGAGGUGCUCUUCAUCAGAAACUGCAGAGACAGGACAAGGGGGAAUGGCUUCACCCUGA